GCUUUUGACUGGACUUAUGGUUUGCUGCAUAAAUUUCCCCUCAUUACACUUGUACAAUUGAAAAUGAAGUCUCACCUAUUUUGAUCAUUCAAACACUUCAUCCACUCUAGUCCGUUUAUGAUGCUUGUAUGCAUCUAUAUCUAAGGGUAGAUUUGUUGUUGACUGAUUCAGCCUCUCUCCCUAAACAAAGUAAUCUAUGUCCCCAUCUCAAUUCCAAGUCCCUACAGGCUAAAGUCAGUCAAGUCUUUCAGACAGCCCUAUAAAUGAACCUGAUCAUUCAUGCUCUUGCUUGCACCAGUCACUUGCUCUUAAUUAACAAGCUCUGGCUAGAAGACACAGCCAUGGCUCAAUCUCUAUGCCCCUAUGCUCUUGCUGCUUUGCUUUUAGUUCUUUCACUGAAGGGUACCUCCGCCGCACACCACCACCACCACCAACUCAAGUCCCUCCAUUUUUCACUUUACCAACAUGAAACCAUCAACAAAACUGGAUAUAUCAUAGUGAAUGGUGUUGCAGGAGCAAACCUCAGUCAACUCGCACUGCCUUUCGGUACCUUAUUUGUUUUCCAGGAUCCCAUGACAGUUACAGCCAACCGAACUUCCAAAGUCGUUGGCAUCGCAGAAGGAAAUUCCAUAACAUCUAGUCUCGAUGGGCUAACCAGCAUUUCUACUGCUAAGAUCACUUUAAGUUUGAAAAACCACAAAGGGUCAAUCUCCAUCGUUGGAGGUACGCAUAAUGUCAAACCUGCUGAUCAUCCUGUUGUGGGAGGCACUGGUGACUUCAUGUUUGUACAAGGCUAUGUAACAUCUUCUCCGGUGGAUCUCGUUGGCCUCACUGUUGUCUACAAGAUUGAAUUUCACCUGUACUGGCCUCCAUAUGCAGAGCAAGUUCAUUCAGCCUAAACGGCAAACUCAAAAUCCAAAAUCAACAACAUAUUCAAAUAAUUAAUGACUGUAUUUUUCUUAUCAUGUUCACCAUUAUUCAUUUUGUACUCUGUUUUAUUUUAGCAUGGAAAUUGGAAAAUAUAUAAUUACAUUAUUUAUCAAA